CAGAGAAUGGCAAUGGCCUGUCUUUUCUCCCUUGUGAACGCCACAUGCAGGCGUGAUUUGUUCGGGAAAGCUAUCAGUGUCAAUCAGUAUUUUUUAAAAUCAGCUGCUUAUUACUGUACUAAGAAGUUGAAGAUGAAAGGACUAGUUCUUGGAGUUUACACUGAACCAGCUGAAAGCUGUAAUGAAGUAUCAGCUUUAACUGCAGCUUGUCAAGAUCUCGAUGGAAAGUGUAAUGGAAUGUUAUCCAAUUUAAUAAAGGAAACUGGCCCGUUUUACAAAUCAUCAAAGAACAGGCUGUUAUGGACUUCUAUGUUAAAAGAAUUGAAAACUGAUGAUGCUUUCAAUUGUAUAUCUGUUGUUGAUUUGGGAUCUAAAGAUUGUAAAGAUAAACCUAAUGAAUGCUGUGAUGUGCAGGCAGAAAACAUUCGGUGUGCGAUUGCAGAUGGAAUCAAAGCUCUAAGAAGUUCCUCAUAUUUUGAAGAUAUUUAUCUUGAUUGCUGUGGAAAUCCUCAAAGUGUUGCAGAAGCAGCUUGUUUAAGCCUUUUUUCUUAUGACGAGCUGAAGCAGCAGUCAUCUCGUAAACCAACGAGCAAGUUACAUUUAUACAAAUGUGCUAAUAUUAAACCUGAUGCUGUAGCUGCAUUUGAAAGAGGAAUCCAUCUUGCAGAAAGCCAAAACUUUGCUCGAUUACUUAUGGAAAAGCCAGCAAAUCUUAUGACCCCUUCAGUAUUUGCUUCUACUGUUGUUGAAAAGUUUAAAGAUUUACCAGUUAAAGUCAUUGUUCGGGAUGAAGAUUGGAUUAAAUCCAUGAAAAUGGGAUCCUUCUUAAGUGUUGCAAGAGGAUCUGAAGAAAAACCUGUUUUUCUCGAAUUUCAUUACAAUGGUGCACCAGAAAACCAAAAGAGCAUAGCUUUGGUAGGAAAAGGAAUAACUUUUGACAGUGGUGGAAUAUCCUUAAAACCAUCUGCUGACAUGGAUAAAAUGAGAGCUGAUAUGGGUGGUGCUGCAUGUGUAACUGGCAGUAUAUUAGCAGCAGCAAAAUUAGGCUUGAAAAUUAAUGUCAAAGGUUUUAUUCCACUCACUGAAAAUAUGCCUAGUGGUAAAGCUACCAAACCAGGGGACGUUGUUUUUGCUAUGAAUGGAAAAUCUAUUCAGGUUGAUAAUACAGAUGCAGAGGGACGCUUAGUUCUUGCUGAUGCUUUAUGUUAUGCUCAGAAGUUUGAGCCAAAGGCUAUUUUGGACAUGGCAACUUUAACAGGAGCUAUGAUGGUUGCUUUAGGAAGUGGUGCUACUGGUGUUUUCUCAAACGAUGAUUACUAUUGGGAUAUUAUACAUAAAGCAAGUUAUAUAACUGGUGACAGAGUAUGGAGAAUGCCACUGUUCCGUCAUUAUACAAAGCAAGUAACCGAUUGUCAACUAGCUGACUUAAAUAAUAUUGGUGGUGGCAGAGUGGGUGGGGCAUGCACUGCUGCUGCUUUCUUACAAGAAUUUGUGUCUGCUGACAUGAAAUGGAUGCAUCUGGAUAUUGCUGGAGUAAUGGAAAAUAAAACUGAAGUGCCUUACCUGUGUAAAGGAAUGUCAGGUCGACCCACCAGAACAAUUGUCAAAUUUCUAGAAAUGUUGGCUGAUAAAUCUGCUUAAAGAUAUCUAAUCCAAAAAUUCAAGAUCAAAUUAGCAAUGGAUGCGAAAAUUCAAGAUCAAAUCAACUAGGGAAAUGAAAUUCAAUCUAUCAAAAAACUUUUGAAAUAAUAUUUGAUAUAUAUAUAUAUAUAUAUGUAUGUAUAUAUUUUCUUUUGUAAAAUGUUUGGUUAAAUAAAAUAGCCUCAUAUUUGGGUUUCAAUUUGUA